UCGUUUACAAGAUGCCGCCUUGAAAACAGCGAAGAAGAGGAGGAAGCUGCGGCAGGACGUGGGGGUGAUGGCUGCGGCUGACGGCGGAGCGACACCGCUGCAAAACGCCAUGAAAAUGGCCAAAGUGGCGAUCCAGCUGGACGGAGGGAACCAGCACAAGGAAGCCUACUGUGAAUACCUCCGGACCAUCAGCUACAUAUCACACGCACUCCUGGAGAAAGCUGUGACACAAAAGAAGAAGGAGGUGGUGGAGGAGGAGCGCAUGCUGAUGCUGGCUGAACAGUGUCUGGAGCGCGCCAAGUCGUUCAUAGGGAAGAGCUCAGAGCCCCAGCAUCCUGCUGCUCCAAACACCCGUGACUACAUAAGAGUCCUGCCACGUCAGCCUCCCGUGGAAACGUCACACAAGGCGACCAGCCCAACAGCGAGCGGCCAGUGCCGCGAACUGCCAGAUGCUGGAGGGCAGCUCUCACCUUUUGUGCCUCCUGAAGUCUUCCAUGAGCUACAAACCGUUGAGCCACCGGACACUGGCAGAAGGGAGCUGACGCCCAUUGAACAAGCAUCACGCUUGAACCAGAAGUUAAAAGCCAAUUAUGAAGCUCGCCUGGCAAGACUCACACCUGCUCAGGUCUACCAGAAGACCUCGUUGACUCUCUCUCUGCAGCGGCAGAUGAUGGAGAACCUCAUCAUAGCCAAAGCCAGGCAGGAUGCUCUUCAGCGAAAGAUGGAGGAGAGAAGAUUGAGGCUGCAGGAAGAAGCUAACAGGAGGUUUGCAGCAUCUGGGGCAGUGACUGCAGAGGAGCAGGAGCAGCGAACUCUGUACACUAAUGUCCUAGAGUAUGAACAAGACCAUGAUUGGCCCAAACUGUGGAAAGCCAACAUACAGGAGAAUCCUGACAGCAUCACGUUGGUGUCUCAUCUGGUUUCCUACCUCCUCAGCCAGUCUGACCACCCUGUGAUGAAGCUUUUGAGAAGACACCAGUAUAGAAUCUAUAACAGACUCUACCCCAUUGUAAGUAAACGUUUCCCCCAGAGUCCUGCCCUACCACUGAGAGCUUCUCACCACAUGCUGCAUCCAGAGACUCCAAGGAAGCCAACCAGGACUGUGAGCAGCAGUGGCCAGAGCUUCAGCACUGACUCAUCGCUUUCUCGUGACCUUCACACCAAUUAUGACGAUGAGGACUUGGAGGAGCCUCCCACAGAAGUGACUGUUGACCGGGAGAACUCCUUUGAAGAUCUGGAGCAGUUUCUGACCCAGCUGGAUUGGGCUCCUCCACAUAGCAGCACAGAUGACACUGGGUCAGACACAGAGACGACAUGUGAUGCCUCAUCGUUGGACGAGAGCCACAUCCGGGAGAUGGAAAUGAGGGCACUAAAGGAGCACCUGAAGUCCAUUGUCAAAGACAUUCAUAUAGCUGUUGAUCAGCUUCUUUCGCUGUGUUUGUUGUCUUUUGAAUGUCUGAAUACAGCAAGGUUCAAAGACCUGUGUCUGGCCAGCAUAGAGGAAGCCUUCUUCACGCCGCUGUGGAGCGCCCUGGUGGCUCUGUUCAGGAAGGUCAACAGGGACAGGGAGCAGGCAUGUGAAGCAAGUAUGAAGCUGUACCAAGAUGCUUUACCUGGGGAUGUUGGUGUUCCCUUGAAACUGUUCCCUCAAGACCCCUGCAUACAAGGUUCCUACCCCUACGAGUCUGCUGUACACGAGCUUAAGCUUGUCUUUAAGGAUGGCUGUCCGCAGAGGAAGCUGGAAUGUAUUGUACGGACGUUACGCCAGAUCUGUGCCUGUGCUGAGGAGUAUCGGUGUAUCCAUGAGGCGGAUGCUACACCCACAACAGCUGCCAUCGGUGCAGACGACCUGUUGCCCAUCCUGUCCUUCGUGGCUCUGCGCAGUCAGUGUCCUCAGCUGGUGUCUGAAUGUGCCGCUUUGGAGGAGUUCAUUCAUGAAGGUUAUUUGAUAGGAGAGGAAGGCUACUGUUUGACGUCCAUGCAGAGCGCCCUGGCCUACGUCGAGUCACUGCACUUAGGAGCUCAGCUUCCAGAUGCACUCACGUAGAAUAAAGGCUGCUGCAUAUUUUCUCCAGAGACGAUAGCUGAGCUGUUCAUGUUGUGUAUUUAAGAAGUCCUUUGUCCACUGGAGGACAAACCCGGUGCCUUUGAGUCCUUUCCAACAUAUCAGGGUGGACUAAAAGUUUAAACAAGAACACUGGUUGUCUUGGUUACUGUUGGUGCCACAUAUGAGAUGGAUGUCUAAAAAUGCACCGCAAAGGUUUUGUAUGGGCUCAAGUUUGUGUAUUUGUUUUACAAUGGAAUGUCUAAGACUAACACUGACUCAAAUGUUUUACCUUGUGGCUUCUCCCAAAAAAACAGGCUAAUUAAAAUGUGUGUGAUAUUUAAGUCUGCUAUUCAGUGCAUCCAGAGACUCACACAGAAAUGGGACGUGUUUGUGUGUGAGGCUACACUGGGUGAUUGUCAGAGCAGCCAUCUGACAUGCGCUGAUGAGUAAAAACCUGUCGCAUCUGCUCACACAAGGUCCAACAAAGAUCCAUAUAGUGAAAUGAAACGUCCAGUGGCGGAUGUUGAGGUAAAAUAGUUCAAGCGUAGCAGAAUAAUUAAAAUUUAAAUCAUUAUUUCCUGAAGCAUUUCUAGAAACGCUCCUUGUGCUGUGAUGCAGCAUGGUCCCAACCACAGGAACAUUGGCAAAAAUCUGCACCUGCAGACCAACCUUGCCUUCAUGUUUCAAGAAAAUUACAGUUUUACACACUGACCUUUUUUAAUAUUUAAUGUUGCUUUUAUUUUGAAGGAAUCCAAGAGAUGUGAAAAGAGCCAUUGUUACUGGUGACACCAAGAGCAGAUUUAAUAAAUGUUUAUGUAAUUAUAUCAAACGUUAGGUUUCUGUAAUAUUGCAAAGUAAAUUAAUACAGUACCUUUAUGUAAAUUGUUUAUUGUACAUUAGUCCAUGCUUUAAAAAGGUCAUUGUAAAUUAUAUUUUAUUAAGCAGUUUUACUGUGAAAGCCUGGUGGGAUUGCUGUGUGUUCGAUGGUGUCAAUAAAGAGAACUGAGAAACA